AUGCUCCGUCAAUUCAUUGUCCGCCCUGCCGUCACUGCCAACCGGGCAGUUAUGACCCGCUCAUUCUCCGCCGCUGUCCCUCGGAUGGGUGAGGGUGACACUGGCGCCCCUCGUUCCGGUACUGGUGCCACUUCUGGUGACGCAUUCACCCGCCGCGAGGCCGCUCAGGAGAGCCUUUACAUCCGCGAGAAGGAGUUGGAGAAGCUUGCUGCACUCAAGAAGAAGAUUACUGAACAGCGCAAGCACCUCGAUGAGCUCGAGACCCACAUUGAUGGUCUGAGCCGCCAAUAG